GAGAGAAAUAGAACAGGGAUAAUUUUAAUCUCCAAAUAUUUUUAAGAUCUCUUUAUUGAAAGAACAAUGGCGUCGCAGUUGCCAUUUCAACGAAAGGAAACAAAAUCGGCAAAAGAUUCGUUCGAACAAUAUCUUAAGGUAUUUGGGAAUCGUUUUCGAUUAAAAAUUAUUAACAGACGAUGUAUACAUGCGAGAUUUUCACAGGAUAAGAUGGGAGUACAAUAUACCCGAAUCAUUUUCACCCGACUCUAAAAUCUUCGAUAAAGUUAGUUUCUUCUUUUGUGGAUGAAAUCUUUCUAAAUCUUUUAAAAUUUCCAAAGAUAUUCUAAUUCGAAUUUUUAAGUUUUCUUAAAUCAAAAAAAAAAAAAAAACAGAUAUUGAAGUAUAAAAAGGAAAAGAAGAAGCAGGAGAGGCUUCGCGAACAGAGGAAGAUGCAAAUUAUAGCAAAGAUCAUUCGCGAGAUGAACGAUGACGUUCUAUCGAGGAAACCGAAGUACAUAUGUUCGAAGAGAUACAAAAUUAAAGAAAUCACUUCUGUGGAAGAAACUUCUUUCGAAGAUUUUCGAAACGAAGAGUUGGCAAUUGUGGAAAAGGAUAAAAGUAUGGAGGAACAAGUUGCAGAGGAGAGUGAGAAGGAUUAUAGAAUCGAGGAUUUGAGUCUCGAAGAAUACGACGAUAAAACGAAACCAAAGGGGAAUGAAAUAAUUUUGAAGAAAAUCGUACUAAAAAAAUCCAUCAAAACGUCGUUGAAACAAAAAACGUUUCCGAUAGAUACUUGCUUCUAUGCAACCCCAAGUGUUGUCAUUUUUGAGGUACUCGAUUUUUUUUCAAAAUUUCUCAUUUUCGAUUCAACAUCUAUCGUUUCAAUCAGGAUUUCGAGGCGAAAGAAAAGUAUUCCCGUAAAGUGACGAUCACGAAUAAAACGUCGAAAUGGGCGUACAUACGAUUCCACAAAAUAUACACCGAAAUAUGGGAGCCGGGAAUCGUCGAGGUUUCUAUUUUACAAAUUUUUAUAAAAUUUCUAAAAUUAAAGAGAGCUUACUUAAAACAAUAUUUUCGACGCAGAUCGAAAUCAUGGAUGCCGCAAGGGUUAAACCUGGCUUGAACGUGGUGGUCAACGUGAAAUUUUCACCGAUACACGAAGAGGAAGUGAUGGCGGAUAUUGCUUUCCUCACCCUGAGCCCGGAUUACGACAAUAAAUACCACGAAUUUCGCGUUCACGUUCAUUGCACGCCGCAACUUGUCCAACCAAUUCUCGAGCCCACGGAGCUUAGGUUGAAAAUUGAAGCUAAGAUCCAAAUAAAAUAUCCCCUCGAAAUACGUUUUCGAAAUUGAAUUAAAAUUUGGCGUUGUUGAAAUUUUGGCGACGACAGAUUUCCUUCGGCACCGAUCUGGAAGUACAGCGAUCCCAAGUUGAACGAAAGAAUUCUUACGAUCUACAAUAACGGGAAAAAGCCAUUUUCCAUCGUAAUCGAGGAGAGGAAAGAACAGGAUCAUUGCUUCUUAUGGCGUUUCGAGCAGGAUAUAAUAUUGAGCGAAGGAUCAUCCAUGUUGUGCAUAAGUCGGUUCAGAUAUUUUGAAUUAAUCGAAGAAAGAAAGAUGAAAUUCUAACGAAUCUAAUCGAACGUACGAUUCUAGGCAACGAAGAGGAGAGUAAGAGCGAGAAUAUUUUGGAGGGCGAGAAAUCUCGAAAGUUGUACCAGAUCGAAAUCCUUCCAAAAUUUAAGUGCGAUUUCAUAAUUAUUUUCCGACCAAAGUACGUAGGUUUGCACCACGAGAUCUUGGAUAUUAAUUUCUUGAGCGGAAACAAGAUGAUAGGGAGAAAGGUUCGUCAAUACGAAUAAAUUAAAAAGCAUUGGAUCGGAAAUAAUUUCCAUCCUAAUUUCCUCGAAACAGAGUAUUCCUAUUUGGGCCGAGGUUUUAGGCCAUCAAAUCUGUCUGGAUCCGCUCUGUAUAGAUCUAGGCAUAGUGAUGAUCGAUUCGGACGUUUCUCAACAAACGUUCAACGUUUUCAACAUUGGUAACGUUUCUUUUCCUUGUAAAAUCAUCGGUGAUUACCAUUGAUUAUAUUAAUCAAUCAUUAAUCAUUAAUUAUCACAGUAUCGAUCGAUAUUUAGGGCACACAAUGGUCGAACUUUUGAUAAAGACACCGAAGAAUUUGGGCGAUCACGUGUCAGUACAUCCGAAAUCGACCACCAUAGAUCCCAAAUCUAGUUGCAAAAUUAAUGUGAGAUUGAUACCCGAAUCGAAUAUCAUUACUUCUUCCAAACGAUUUUACAAUCCGCUGUCCAACAUAUUAGAGUUUCCGAUCAAAGUGCAAAUCCUGUCGCAAGAUUUAGAAAAACCGCCACCAUUGAUAAUGAAAACCGUCGCCAGUCUAACGCCUUGUAACGGUUUGAUAUUAGGUACGAGUAGUGAUAGAUCGUUUGAAAAGAAAAACUCGUGAUCCCUUCUCGUUUGAACAGAGCCAGCUAGUAUCGAUCUAGGAUUCGUCCACACGCACGAAUCUGUCUACGCGGAAUUAACACUGACGAACGAGUCACUGUUGAUUCAAGAGUACGCUUUCAUAGAUCUUCCACUAUCCGCUGAUAUACAACCGAACAAUUAUGGAUUCAUUCUUCCCGGAGAAACUAUCAACCUUCAUUUGAUCUAUUCCCCCUGCCCGACAGACAUCCCUGGCAACAAAAUUGGGGCGAAUGGAUUGGCUGGUCAACGAAGGUAAUUUUUCAACGUGUAUUUCCAAAAAGAAAGAAAAAGAACAGAUAUAUAUUUCCAACGAAGAUAUAAAAAAUUUUUUCUCUCUCUUUUUUUUUUUCACAGAUUUCUAGUGGAAGUUUUCACUUUGGCCGAGCUUGCUGGGAAAAAGAAACAACCGAUGCUGAAUCAAUUGAAGAAUCGGAUGAACAAGCAAAUGUCGGUUUUCGAGUAUCGAGGGAUUCCACCCCCGUUCCAUAUAAAUCUGAAGAAAUCGAAGAUGGUGCGUCAACUUAUCGAUCGAGAUAAUAACAACAAACUUAAAGAUAACUCGGAAUUGGACGAGGCGAAUGACAAACAUCCUUGCGGUAAAAAAGAAAUAAUUAUAUCAUUGGAGAAGAUAAUUCCAGAAUGAUAGAAUUCCAGAAUUUAAAAUUUUUAUAUAUAUAUAUAUAAAACAGCAACAGAGGAGGAAGAGAAAAAGAGAUUGUUGGACGAUACGAUGGAGAUGUACGAUCUGAUCGACGAAAGGAAGCAGAAAAAUUUGAUAGAGAUUUACGCGUACAUCAUAGAUAAUUUUUGCGAGUUGAGCGAGCAAAUUAUUCAAUUUCCCGCGACCCCUUGCGGAUCGUAUUCCAUGGUAAAGAUAAAAAAAAGAAAAAAAAAAAGUCUUCUUUUCUCGAAUAAAUUGAUAAAUUCAAGGAGAUAUUUUUUGUUUUAAUUUGAUUUUUAAGGCGUCCGUUCAUCUGAGAGGAUUCAAUUUGGCGUCUUAUCCUUAUUGCACCUGCGGAAUCAUCAAGGAACAGAGGAAAAAGUUCACAGGCUGUUACGAGUUUACCAGCUCCUCGAACAAGAUGACUAUUGUGCCACAGUCUGGGACAAUACAGAACGACGAAAUUAUUAACGUCAAUUUUAUGUUCCAACCGAAAUUACCGAAGAAAAUGAUCUUCGAGGAAGGUCUUAGAUUGAAGAUGAACAUGGAGGAGCUUCAUCAGGAAAAUCAGGAGGUGAAGUCUGAAAAAGAGGAAAAAUUGAAGAAAGGUAUUAUUAAAAAUAU